AUGAAGCUCCAGCUUGCAGCAGGUGCAUCCCUGCUCCUGGCUCUCGGUGCAGCCCGGCCCACCGUCGACACCGCAUACCCCUACACCGGCCCCGCCGUCCCCAUCGGCGACUGGGUCAAUCCCACCAUCAACGGCAAUGGCAAGGGGUACCCGCGUCUCGUCGAGCCCCCGGCCGUGAAGCCGGCAUCGGCACAUCCAACCAACAACGUCAAUGUCAUUUCGCUCUCGUAUCUCCCGGACGGCAUGCACAUCCACUACCAGACGCCGUUUGGGCUUGGCGAGAGGCCGUCUGUGCGCUGGGGAAGCAGUCCGGGGAAUUUGAGUAGCCUGGCCACUGGAUGGACUCAUACAUACGACCGCACCCCCUCCUGCAGCCAAAUCAGGGCCGUCACCCAAUGCAGCCAGUUCUUCCACGAAGUCAGCCUGCCGAACCUCGAGUCCGCAACGACAUACUACUACCAGAUCCCGGCUGCCAACGGCACAACCGAGUCCCAGGUGCUCCGCUUCACGACCGCCCGUGCCCCCGGCGACAAGACGCCCUUCUCCAUCGCCGUCCUCAACGACAUGGGCUACACCAAUGCGCAGGGAACGCACAGGCAGCUCCUGGCCGCCGCAGACAAGGGCGCGGCCUUUGCCUGGCAUGGCGGGGAUCUCUCUUACGCAGAUGACUGGUACUCCGGGAUCCUGCCCUGCGCGGACGACUGGCCGGUCUGCUACAACGGGACGAGCACGGCGUUACCCGGCGGCGGCCCAAUCCCAGACGAGUACCUGCGUCCCCUGCCCGCCGGCGAGAGUCCAAACCAAGGCGGUCCGAACGGCGGCGACAUGAGCGUGCUGUACGAGAGCAACUGGGAUCUGUGGCAGCAGUGGAUGGCCAAUCUAACCACGCGCAUCCCGCACAUGGUCAUGCCGGGGAACCACGAGAGCGCAUGCGCCGAGUUCGACGGGCCCGGCAACCCCAUGACCGCGUACCUGAAUAACGGGAUUCCGAACGGCACCGCGCCCGCAACGAAUCUAACAUACUACAGCUGUCCGCCGUCGCAGCGCAACUUCACCGCGUUCCAGCACCGCUUCCGCAUGCCUGGGGCUGAAACCGGAGGUGUGGGUAACUUCUGGUACUCGUUCGACUAUGGGCUCGCGCAUUUCGUGAGUCUGGACGGGGAGACGGAUUUCGCGAGCAGUCCGUUCUCGACGCUGGCCCGGGAUCGCACGGGGAAUGAGACGCGUGCGAGGCCCGAGGAGACGGAGACGACGGAUAGCGGGCCGUUUGGGGCGAUUGAUGGGGAUCGCGAGGACGAUAAUGAGGCGUAUGCGCAGGUUCAGUGGCUGGCGCGGGAUCUGGCUGCCGUUGACCGUGCGAGGACGCCGUGGGUGUUUGUUAUGAGCCAUCGGCCCAUGUACUCGUCUGCCUACUCGAGUUAUCAGACCAAUGUGCGGAAGGCGUUUGAGGAGCUGUUGCUGCGGUAUGGGGUCGACGCGUACCUGUCUGGUCACAUCCAUUGGUACGAGCGUAUGUACCCGAUGACGCUGAACGGGACGGUCGACGAGUCCGCUGUUGUGAGUAACCAUACGUACCUUGCCAACACCGGGGUGUCGAUGACGCAUAUUGUCAACGGGAUGGCGGGGAACAUUGAGAGCCAUAGCGAGUUUGACGAGGGCGAGGGGUUGACUGAGAUCACGGCGAAGCUGGACCGCACGCACUACGGGUUCAGCAAGUUGACCGUGGUGAACGAGACGGUUGUCACUUGGGAGUUCGUGAAAGGGGAGGAUGGCUCGACUGGCGACUAUCUGACCCUUGUCAAGGGGAGUACGUGUACGAUCGAUGUGUAG